GACUGCAGAUCACAACUGAUUACGCCCGAAGGGAUGCACACCGGAGAGAAACCGAAUGAAUGUUCUGAGUGUGGAAAGCUAUUUUGCUACGUCUCCCAUCCUUUUGAGGAUAAUAGGACCCACAACGAGGGGAAUCCAUACCAGUGCUCUGAAUGUGAUAAGAGUUUUCACAAGAACACACCCCUAAUGAUACACCAUAAGACACACACAGGAGGAAAACCAUAUGAGUGUAUGGAUUGUGGGAAGCAUUUUACUUACAAUUCCCACCUGGUGAAACACCAGAGGACUCACACCGGGGAGAAACCUUAUGAGUGUCCAGAUUGUGGGAAAAGGUUCCGUACUAAUUCACACCUGGUGGCGCACAAGAGGACUCACACAGGGGAGAAACCAUAUCAGUGUCUGGAUUGUGGGAAAAGUUUCAGUCGGAAUUCCCAACUAGUAAUCCACCGGAGGACACACACAGGAGAGAAUCUAUAUGAGUGUCUGGACUGUGGGAAAAAUUUCAGUCAGAAUUCCCAUCUGGUGGUACACCAGAGGACUCACACAGGAGAGAAACCGUAUGAAUGUCCAUAUUGUGGGAAACGUUUCAGUUACAGUUCCAACCUGGCAGCACACCAGAGGAUUCACACCGGAGAGAAAUCGAAUGAAUGUCCGGAUUGUGGGAAAAGUUUCAGUCGGAAUUCCUACCUCGUGAUACACCACAGGACUCAUACUGGGGAGAAACCGUAUGAGUGUCCAGAUUGUCAAAAAAGUUUUAUUCACAGUUCUGAACUGGUGAGACACCAGAGGACGCACACGGGAGAGAAACCAUAUGAAUGUCCAGACUGCGGGAAAACUUUCAGUCAGAGUUCCAGCCUGGUGUCACACAAGAGAACUCACACUGGGGAAAAACCGUUUGAGUGUCCAGAUUGUGGGAAAACUUUCAGUCAGAGUUGUUACUUGGUUAUACAUGAAAGGACUCACACAGGGGAGAAACCAUAUGAGUGUCUAUAUUGUGGGAAAAGUUUCAUUCGGAAUUACUCCUUAGUGAUACACCAAAGGACUCACACGGGGGAGAAACCGUACGAGUGUAUUGAUUGUGGGAAAAGUUUCCGUCUUAAUUCCCACCUGGUUGUCCACCAGAGGACUCAUUCUGAGAAGAAACCAUUUGAGUGUCAGGAUUGUGGGGAAAGUUUCACUCAGAAUUGCCUUUUGGUAUACCACCAAAGGCGACACACAGGAGAGAAACCUUAUGAGUGUCCAGAUUGUGGGAAAAGUUUCAGUAACAAUUCCCACCUGGUGGUGCACCAGAGUAUUCACACAGGAGAGAAACCGUAUGAGUGCCAGGAUUGUGGGAAAACUUUUAGUCGUAAUUCUCACCUGCUGAUACAUCAGAGGUCUCACACAGGAGAGAAACCGUAUGAGUGUCAGGAGUGUGGGAAAACUUUCAGUCGGAAUUCCCACAUGGUGAUACACCAAAGGACUCACACGGGAGAGAAACCGUACGAGUGUCCUGAUUGCGGGAAAGGUUUCGCCACUAAGUCUAAACUUGUAAUUCACGUAGCUUUACACAUUGGGGAGAAACCUUUCAAAUGCCCAGAGUGCGGACGGUGCUUCACACAAAAUUCCUCCCUUACUGCACACAAGAAAAUCCACACAGGGGAGAAACCAUAUGAGUGUCUGGAUUGUGGGAAAAGAUUCAGUCAGAAUUCCCAUCUGGUGAGCCACCACAAGACUCAUACUGGGGAGAAACCAUAUGAGUGUCCAGAUUGUGGGAAAAGUUUCAGUCACAAUUCUGACUUGGUGGUACAUCAGAGGACACACACAGGAGAGAAACCGUAUGAGUGUACGGACUGUGGCAAAGGUUUCAGUCACAGUUCCAACCUGGUGAUACAUAAGAGGACUCAUACUGGGGAGAAACCAUAUGAAUGUCUGGAUUGUGGGAAAAGUUUCAGUCAGAAUUAUGCCCUGGUGAUACACAAGAGGACUCAUACUGGGGAAAAACCAUAUGAAUGUUUGGAUUGUGGGAAAAGUUUCAGUCAGAAUUCCCACCUGGUGAUACACCAGAGGACUCACACUGGGGAGAAACCGUAUGAGUGUCCAGAUUGUGGAAAAAGUUUCAGUCACAAUUCUGAUCUUGUGGUACAUCAGAGGACACAUACUGGAGAGAAACCAUACAAGUGUCCCAACUGUGAAAAAACGUUCAGUCACAGUUCAAACCUGGUGAUACACAAGAGGACUCACACUGGGGAGAAACUGUAUGAAUGUCUUGAUUGUGGGAAAAGUUUCAAUCACAAUUCUGAUCUGGUAUUACAUCAGAAAACACAUAUAGGACAGAAACCAUGUGAGAGUCAGGAGUGUGGUAAAACUUUCAGUCAGAAUUGCCACUUGGAGAGCCACCUGAUGUCUCACACUGAGGAAAAAACAUAUGAGAGUCCGGAUUGUGGGGAAAGAUUCAGUCAGAAUUCUGAUGUUGUGAUAUACCAGAAGAUUCACACUGAAGAGAAACUGUACAAGUGUCCAGAUUGUGGGAAAUGUUUCACUCAGGAUUCCCACCUGGUGACACAUCAGAGGUCUCACACUCAGAAGGCACCAUAUAAAUGUACACAUUGCGAUAAACACUUCAUUCAGAAUUCCAACCUGGUUGUACAUCAAAGGACACACACAAGACAGAAACUGUAUGAGUGUCAGGAGUGUGGCAAAACCUUCAGUCACAAUUGCCACCUGGUGAUACACCAGAGGACUCACACUGGGGAGAAACCGUUUGAGUGUCCAGAUUGUGGGAAAAGUUUCAGUCGUAAUUCCCACCUGGUGAUACACCAGAGAACACACACAGGAGAGAAACCAUAUGAGUGUCCAAAUUGUGGGGAAAGUUUCAGACAGUAUUAUGAUCUGGUAAUACACCAGAGGACUCACACUGGGGAAAAACCAUAUGAGUGUCUGGAUUGUGGGAAAUGUUUCCGUCGGAAUUCUCACUUGGUGAUACACCACAGGACUCACACAGGGGAGAAACCAUACAAGUGUCUGGAAUGUGGGAAAAACUUUAGUCGAAAUUCUGAGCUGGUUAUACAUCAAAGGAUUCACACAGGGGAGAAACCGUAUGAAUGUCUGGAUUGUGGGAAAAGUUUCAGUCAAAAUUAUACCCUGGUGAUACACCAGAGGACUCACACUGGGGAGAAACCAUAUGAGUGUCCUAAUUGUGGGAAAACUUUCAGUCGGAAUUCUGAGUUGGUGAUACAUCAUAGGACUCACACAGGGGAGAAACCAUAUGAAUGUCCGGAUUGUGGGAAAAGUUUUAGUACUAGGUCUAAACUUAUAAAUCAUCAAAGGACUCACACUGGACAAAAGCCCACCCAGUGCCGCCAAUGUGGCAAAAGCUUUAGGAACCAGGCCACCCUAGCAAUACACAAGAGGAUGCACACAGGAGAGAAACCAUAUGAGUGUCCCGAUUGUGGGAAAAGGUUUGGUCAGAAUUCCCACCUAGCGAACCACCAGAGAACUCAUAUUGGGGAGAAACCAGAGUGUCUGGAAUGUGGGAAACACUUCAGACACCGUUCUGACUUGGUGGUACACCAGAGGACUCACACUGGGGAGAAACCGUAUGAGUGUCCAGAUUGUGGGAAAAGUUUCAGUCAUAAUUCCGAUCUGGUUAUACACCAGAGGACUCACACUGGGGAAAAACCAUAUGAGUGUCUAGAUUGUGGGAAAAGUUUCAUCCGGAAUUAUGCCCUGGUGAUGCACCAGAGAAUUCAUACAGGGGAGAAACCAUAUGAGUGUUCAGAUUGUGGGAGAAGUUUCAGUCGGAAUUCCGGCCUGCUAAUACACCAAAGGACACACACAGGGGAGAAACCGUAUGAGUGUUCAGAUUGUGGGAAAAGUUUCAGCCAGAAUUCCCACCUGGUGAAACACCAGAGGACACACACUGGGGAGAAACCUUACGAAUGUUCAGAUUGUGGGAAAAGUUUCAGUCAGAAUCAUGUGCUGGUGAUGCACCAGAGGACUCACACAGGAGAGAAACCAUAUGAGUGUCCGGAUUGUGGGAAAGGUUUCAGUACUAGGACUAACCUUAUUAAUCACGUAGGUUUACACACAGGGGAGAAACCUUUCAAAUGCCCCGAGUGUGGACGGUGCUUCACGCAAAAUUCCUCCCUUAUUACACACAAGAAAAUGCACAUGAGGCAGAAGGUGAUGGUUGCAGAAAAGGCUUGAAUUUCUUGUCUGACCUACUUUUGGAAAUGCAGCUGAGAAACUACUUAAUUUUGGGCCUGAUUCACUUUAGUCAAAUAUGUCUUAAUAUGAAUCAUGAGA